AUGUUCAACUUGUAUCAGAAUUUGAACAAAAGAGACGAGGAUCACAAAGAACCGGAUGUGACCGGGCACGAUAGGUUCUGGCAGGAGCGACCGAGGACGCGUCGGAAGCGUCGUGCCGUCAAUCGAAGGACUCAAAGCGCCAUCGAGCUCGAUUCCGAGGCUAUAGUCUCCGCUCGGGGCACUCUUCGUCGUGGAAGAAGCACGAGUAUCGAAGAUGAGGACAGCGACGAAGAGAAGAGUAGUUACCAGUUAACCAAUAAAAUCGACAAUCUAGCCAAAAUACUUUUCAGUCGCGUGUCCGCUGCACGAGGUUGCAAGGAAUCAGACGUCAGGAAUGGAAGGAACAACUACACGGCACUGGGUCACGGAGCAUCCGUUUGCGAGGACGUUGGCGAGUGCAUGGAAAUGGAAAAAAGGUCCAGGGAUCGUGCCUUAUCUAUCUGUCAGGUCUAUAUUCGUAGAACACCGCGCUACACUCUCGUCAAGCAGCUGAAUAAUCUCGGCUCUAGAAUGGACAAACACUGGUUCACAGUGAGGGACACUUCUUUGAAAACCGAUCGACUGAUCACCUUAGCUCCGUUGAAUAGAAACUGCUCGUUAAGCGUUUCUCCGUUAACGAAGAACGUCUUGAACGACUUGUUCCUAGCCUUGCAACAUCCAUACGUAUGUCCUAUAUUCGAUAUCGAUUUUCUCGAAUAUGAGAAUCAACAGUACGUGAUUGUGGUCCAACCGAUCAGUCAAGGCAGUCUGAAAGAUUUAAUUUACGGGAUCGAAAGAACAGGCUGGAACGAAGAUUGGAGUCAAAAAUACGCUUCUCGCGGUAAGGGACUUCCCUUGCCCCAAGUUCAACAAAUGGGACGUCAAGUUCUCGAAGCGUUGAUUUUUUUGAAAGAAAGAGGAUUUCCAACCGUGACGCAUUUACAUUCGGGAAAUGUGCUAGUUCAAAACGGUGUCGCACGACUCGCCGGCCUCGAAAACACACUCCUCGGCUUCACCAGCCGAAUACAUCCUUUGAUCGCUUCUCGAACGUCGCAAACUAUCUCGAUCGACAUAAUAUGCUUCGGUCAUAUGCUGUUCGAAAUGUGCGCUGGUUACGAAUUACCAUCGUUUAAACCAAAUUCCGUGCAUCUGUCGGAUCUUGAAAUGUAUCCACAAGUCGUUGAGUUACUAAAAUUCAUAUUUACCGAAUCAUCUAAUCGUCAUAAAAUUAUUGAGGAGCUUCUCGUUCAUGAUUUAUUCAGAAAUAUUGAUCUUCGUGAACCGCAUUACGUUCCUGCUUUUCCUCGUAUAUUUCGUCCAAUGUUAACGCCGCCCAUAAUGAACCUACUCGAUGGCAUUAAACGACAAAACGCCAACAAAAGAAUCACACACUUGGAUACUGUUGAUAUUGAUACAACAUCUCUGCACGGACCGGACACCGUUUGCAAGAAUUCUUUACUCGACGAGAUAUACAACGAGCUUUCAAACACGGCUGUAUAA